AUGUGCACUGCUUCAACAAUCCUGAACUGUGUUGCAAGGCUUGUACAACGGACUGAACAGCAGACUGCUCGUCCGCCAGCGCUGGUAACCAUGCGCGAAAUGUUCGAUUUUUCGCGCGAUUCCGCGCCCAACGGACUCCAGUCCGGUGGGCUGGAGAAACCGCGGUCCGUUCUGCGAAAUUCCGUUGUACGGGUGGUCUGUCCUGCGGGGACCCCGCCGUACAAGGAAAUCAAGCCCGCACAGAGUUUUGUAGGCCCAAGUAUAAAAGUACGAACAAAUAGUGGAGAAACAUCGUCAAUAAGUUUGUUUGAUGUCUCAACAGAGUAUCUCAGGUUAUUUUGCAAGCAGGCUUAUCGUGAAAAUAUUUUUAAAUAUAUGCUUAGUGAGACAACCUUAUAUUAA